AUGUCUGUUCCACAACAAAUCAGUGAAACUUUUCAAAAAGCUAUGAAUCUUUCGGGAUCUCCAAAUGCUGUUUCAACUUCCCCUACUCAAUCAUACAUGAGUCAGUAUGUCUCGGCUACCCAAAAGCCAACCAAAGCUUUAAAGCCAUUUUCUACUGGUGAUAUUAAGAUUUUGUUAUUAGAAAAUGUGAAUCAAACUGCUAUUAGUAUUUUCCAAAAUCAAGGUUACCAAGUUGAAUUCUACAAGUCGUCUUUAGGUGAAGAAGAAUUGAUCGAAAAGAUCAAGGAAGUACAUGCUAUUGGUAUCAGAUCCAAAACUAAAUUAACCGAAAAGAUUUUGCAACACGCCAGAAACUUAGUGGUUAUUGGUUGUUUCUGUAUUGGUACCAACCAAGUUGAUUUAGAAUACGCUGCCAAGUCAGGUAUUUCUGUUUUCAACUCUCCAUUUUCUAACUCCAGAUCUGUUGCUGAAUUGGUUAUUGCUGAAAUUAUCACCUUAGCCAGACAAUUAGGUGAUCGUUCUAUUGAAAUGCACACUGGUACCUGGAACAAGGUAAGUGCUAAGUGCUGGGAAAUUAGAGGUAAGACUUUAGGGAUUAUUGGUUACGGUCAUAUCGGUUCUCAAUUAUCUGUCUUAGCUGAAGCUAUGGGUAUGAACGUUAUUUACUACGAUGUUCAAAUGAUCAUGGCUUUAGGUAACUCAAAACAAGUUGACACCUUAGAUGACUUGUUACAAAGGGCCGAUUUCGUCACCCUCCAUGUUCCAGAAACCUCCGAUACUAAGAACUUAUUAUCGUCUCCACAAUUUGCUGCCAUGAAGGAUGGUGCCUAUGUUAUCAACGCUUCCCGUGGUACCGUGGUCGAUAUUGCUGCUUUAGUACAAGCUAUGAAAUCAGGCAAAAUCGCAGGUGCUGCAUUAGAUGUCUACCCACAAGAACCAGCAAAGAAUGGUGAAGGUUAUUUCAGCAAUGAAUUAAAUGACUGGGCUUCUGAAUUAUGCUCCUUGAGAAACGUUAUCUUAUCUCCACACAUUGGGGGUUCUACCGAAGAAGCUCAAUCUGCUAUCGGUGUGGAAGUUGCCACCUCGUUAACGAAAUACAUUAACGAAGGUAACUCCACUGCUGCUGUUAACUUCCCAGAAGUCCAAUUGAGAGCUUUAGAUUUAGAUCAACAAAACUCUGUCAGAGUAUUGUAUAUCCAUCAAAACGUUCCUGGUGUUUUAAAGACUGUUAACAACAUCUUAUCAAAUCACAAUAUUGAAAAGCAAUUCAGUGAUUCUAGAGAUGAUGUUGCAUACUUGAUGGCUGAUAUCUCUGAUGUUGACAUUACUGACAUCAAGUCCUUAUAUGAACAGUUAGAGCAAACUCCAUAUAAAAUUGCCACUCGUUUAUUAUACUAA